AUGUUUCGAGCACAGUCACGGGAUGAUAAUGGGAAAGACCUGGGGAAAAUAUACUGCACCUAUGAGGUCCAAGCAGCCUUUAUUCUCUCCUCCUUUGUGACCUUCUUCAGUGGACUCCUCAUCUUAUUCAUUUGCAGGCUAAUUUGGAGGGCCAUAAGAAAAUGGCGAAACAUCAAGGGAACAGGAAUACUCUUGCUAAUUUUAUCAGGUGGUAUUCUCAAAAAGCGUUUCGACAGCCUCCACUUCCAUGGAAUAUUCCGUGAUCGUAUAGAAAUGUUGCUUUCUGCACAGACCUUUGUGGGGCAAGUGUUGGUGAUCCUUGUCUUUGUACUAAGCAUUGGAUCUCUUGUGAUCUAUUUCAUCAACUCUACUGAUCCUGUUGGAAGCUGUUCUUCAUACCAAGACAAAACCAUUCCCAUUGAUUUGACUUUCAAUGCUUUCUUUAGUUUCUAUUUUGGGUUGAGGUUUUUGGCAGCUGCUGACAAGAUCAAGUUCUGGAUGGAGAUGAAUUCUAUUGUGGACAUCUUUACUAUCCCACCAACCUUUAUUUCUUAUUAUUUAAAGAGUAAUUGGCUAGGUUUAAGGUUCUUAAGAGCUCUGCGGCUGCUCGAACUCCCUCAGAUCUUGCAGAUGCUGCGAGCCGUCAAGACCAGCACUUCAGUAAAGUUUUCCAAGCUGUUAUCAAUAGUUCUCAGUACCUGGUUUACUGCUGCAGGAUUCAUUCAUCUGGUGGAAAAUUCUGGUGAUCCUUGGCUCAAAGGUACCAAUUCACAGAAUAUAUCAUAUUUUGAGUCCAUUUACCUGGUGGUGGCAACCACGUCAACAGUUGGCUUCGGAGAUGUGGCAGCCAAGACAUCCCUGGGAAGGACUUUCAUCAUGUUUUUCAUUCUAGGGAGUUUGGUCUUAUUUGCAAACUACGUCCCUGAAAUGGUGGAAUUUUUUGCUAAUAAGAGAAAAUAUACCAGUUCCUAUGAAGUGGUUAAAGGGAAGAAGUUCAUUGUGGUCUGUGGAAACAUCACCGUGGACAGUGUGACGGCUUUCCUGAGGAACUUUCUCCGCCAUAAGUCAGGGGAGAUCUCCACGGAGAUAGUUUUUCUAGGAGAGGCUCCUCCGUCUUUGGAAUUGGAGACCAUACUUAAGUGCUACCUGGCCUAUACAACAUUUGUUGCUGGAUCUGCAUUGAAGUGGCAGGAUCUAAGGAGAGUUGCGGUGGAAUCUGCAGAAGCAUGCCUGAUUAUAGCCAAUCCUUUGUGUAGUGAUUUGCAUGCUGAAGACACUUCAAACAUUAUGAGGGUGCUCUCUAUCAAGAGCUAUUGUCCUCGGACCAGAAUCAUCAUACAGAUACUUCAGUCCCAUAACAAGAUGUUUCUGCCAAAGAUUCCCAGCUGGAACUGGACUGCUGGAGACAACAUCAUCUGCUUUGCUGAAUUAAAACUUGGAUUUAUUGCCCAAGGCUGUUUGGUGCCAGGAUUGUGCACCUUUCUAACAUCUUUAUUUAUUGAGCAAAGUAAAAUGGUCUCUCCUAGAGAACCCUGGCAAAAUUAUUUCAUUGGUGGACUGAAGAACAAAAUCCUAACACAACGUCUCUCUGAUGAUUUUGUUGGAAUGAGUUUUGCUCAAGUUUCCAGGCUCUGCUUUGUGAAGAUGAAACUCAUGCUGAUAGCCAUCGAACACAAAUCCAUGUUUCCCAACUACUGUCGGCUGAUACUAAAUCCGCCUUCACAACUUAGGCUCUGUAAGAACACAUUAGGGUUCUUUAUUGCUGAAUCUUCAAAAGAUGUCAGAAGAGCCUUCUUCUAUUGUGCCACCUGUCACAAUGAUGUGUACACCCCUGAGCUCAUUGGAAGAUGUAACUGCAGAGGCAAGAGCCACAACUACCUGCCUGUCCAAGGGACAACAGUGGUAAGGAGAAAUUUGAAGGACUUAUUCAGUGAUAGACUGAGAAGCGAUUUUUUUCAAAGGAGAAUUACAAACAUAUUUAGCAACGUGAGCAUUAUCUCCAGAGCUCAACCAUACGAAACAGACCAGGACUCCGACCGGCUGGAUAGCAGCGGCAUGUUCCACUGGUGCAAAGCAAUUCCCCUGGAGCAGGUGAUUCUGAAACGAACGGAGAAGCCAAAACAUGAGUUUCGGAACCACAUUGUAGCAUGCAUCUUUGGAGAUGCCCACUCAACACUGAUGGGGCUUCGGAACUUCGUGAUGCCCUUGAGAGCCAGCAACUACACCAGGCAGGAGCUGAAGGAUAUAGUGUUCAUUGGGUCUCUGGAUUACCUGCAGAGAGAGUGGCGGUUUCUCCGGAAUUUCCCCCAGAUAUACAUUCUGCCUGGAUCUGCCCUUUAUUCUGGAGACCUCCAUGCCGUCAAUAUAGAGGAUUGUUCUAUGUGUGCUGUCUUAUCCUCUCCAUCCAAGUCAUCAAGCAGUCCAACUUUGGUAGACACAGAGAACAUCAUGGCCACCCUCAACAUCAGAUCACUGAGGGUUAGCCCUUCUGCUCACACUCCUUCAGAAAUAGAGGGGUUUUCACACUCCUUCAGCCCACAGAAUGACAAAUUAAAAGACCGGAGAAUCCCCAUCAUCACUGAACUGAAAAAUCCUUCCAACAUCCACUUUAUUGAGCAACUUGGUGGAGCAGAAGGAACCUUCACUGGGACAAGCCUGCAUCUCAGUACUUCCUUUUCCCAAGGCUCUGUCUUUUCUGGCAACUUCUUGGAUUCCCUUCUGGCAACAGCCUUCCACAAUUACCACGUCCUGGAAUUUCUUCAGAUGCUGGUGACAGGAGGGAUAAGCUCUCAUCUAGAACAACACUUGGAUAAAAGCAGCAGCACCACACUGCUGUCUGGGAGAAUGCGGUGCAAGCUGGGGCUCCUGCCCUUACACCAAACCAUCUUGUCCGACAUUCAGCCAAGAAUAACAUUUGGGGAAUUGUUCUGUGGCUCGUUAGAUAACUUUGGAAUCUUGUGCAUUGGCCUCUACCGCAUGAUGGAUAAAGAGGAGAAAAAUCCAGAACACAAAAGGGAAGUAUGCUGCUCUGGAUGGUUUGUGAUUACCCGGCCAGACAAUGAGUUUAAGCUGUUGUCCUCGGAUCUGGUGUUUUGUGCUAUACCUUUCAAUACUUGUUGUUACAAAAAGGAGUCUACCCCGCCUCAAAAUUCAUAUGAAUUUAUAACUAUCGUGCCACCGACAGAGACACUUGUAGACACAAAUCCUCCCACAACUGAGCCAAGUGGCAGUACAACACAAUCAGUGAAAUCAGUGUCUUUGGAAUCCAACACUUCCCAGUUUUCAACCAACCAAGACCAAUUGAUUCAGAAUGUUAUACUGCCAUCCCAGACAGAAAUAUGUGAAAAUGAGAAUGAAACAGAAAAUGAAAACAUGAAGGAACCACAGAGACAGCUCCCACACAUUUAG